CGCAGCUGGGACCUGAGCUACCCUCCUCGAGGAGUUCUCUGCCUGGCCGGACACCUGGGACAGGGAGCUUGGUGGGCUUCCUAGGGCCUGGGAGUUGGUGCCAAACUACUGGACUGGGUAGGGAGCAUCCUGGCCCCUUGCUGUGGACCUGCACUUAGUAGCUGCGGUCUUCUCACCUGAGACCAGGUGGCUGGGCACCUCACAAAGUGAGCGCCACCAAGAAGAGGCCUCACCUCUGAAUUGGGUCCUUUGGUUUUGGAGUCCCUGGCUCUUCUCAUACCCACCAUGAACACCUCUCAUUUCCUGGCCUUGGAUUUCCCAGGAUCUCCACAAGGAAAGAAUGGGAGCAAACCAAGGGACUUCCUUCACAACUUCUCUGACCACUGCCAGGAUUCUGUGGACCUGCUGGCCUUCAUCAUCACCACCUACAGCAUUGAGACCAUCCUGGGAGUUCUAGGCAACCUCUGCCUGAUAUAUGUGACCACAAGGCAGAAGGAAAAGUCCAAUGUGACCAACCUACUCAUUGCCAACCUGGCCUUCUCCGAUUUCCUCAUGUGUCUCAUCUGCCAGCCACUCACAGUCACCUACACCAUCAUGGACUACUGGAUAUUUGGUGAAGUCCUUUGUAAGAUGUCAACCUUCAUCCAGUGUAUGUCGGUUACAGUCUCCAUUCUCUCACUGGUCCUUGUGGCUUUGGAGAGGCACCAGCUCAUCAUCAAUCCAACAGGCUGGAAGCCCAGUGUCCCCCAGGCCUACCUGGGGAUUGUGGUCAUCUGGUUCAUUGCUUGCUUCCUUUCUCUGCCUUUCCUGACCAACAGCAUUCUGAAUGACCUCUUCCAUUACAACCACUCUAAGGCUCUGGAGUUUCUGGAGGACAAGGUGGUCUGCUUUGUAUCCUGGCCCUCAGACUACCACCAUGUUGUCUAUGCCACCUUCCUGCUGCUCUUUCAGUACUGCAUCCCGCUGGUUUUCAUCCUGGUCUGCUAUGUGCGCAUUUACCAACGCCUGAGGAGGCAGAGGCGUGUGUUCCAUAAGGGUAUUUAUAGCUCACGAGCGGGGCAGAUAAAGAGAAUCAAUGGCAUGCUUGUGACAAUGGUGGCUGCCUUUGCGGUGCUCUGGCUGCCCCUGCAUGUGUUCAACAGUCUGGAGGACUGGUACCAUGAGGCCAUACCUGUCUGCCAUGGCAACCUCAUCUUCUUGAUAUGCCACCUGCUUGCAAUGGCUUCCACCUGUGUUAACCCCUUCAUCUAUGGCUUUCUCAACACCAACUUCAAGAAGGAUGUCAAGUCCCUGGUGCUGAUCUGCCAUCACAGUGUACCCCCGGAGGAGUCUGAGAAUUUGCCUCUGUCCACUCUAAACACAGAAAUCUCCAAAGGGUCUCUGAGGCUGGGUAGCAGAUCUAACCUCAUUUAGCCAUGCCUAGGGCUUCUCCCUACCGUUUUCCUUGCCAGGCUCUUCCACAUAAGUCAUACUGCAAGUUGGGAAUGGCAUUCUGACAUUCCUGGCUCUGGGGGCCUAGAUAGGAUGGCAAGAGCCUUGAAGCUUGACAUGCAAAUGAUUUAACCAUUUGCCUCUGAGAGAAUUCUGAGACCAGAUUCUGCGGGUCAAAGUGAACUUUGUCGCUUGAGCUGCAGGAUGCCAGCACCAGAGAUGGCUGCUUCUAAGAGGCAGGAGCCGUCUUAGUUACUCAGCACAGAUGCCUGGCCUGAGAACCUAGGGAUUUCACCUCUACCAGUGACAACUUGUGACUACUAUGGGGUGAGGGAAGGAGCACUUGGAGACAGAGCUGUGGACCUUAGUCAGCUGCUGCCCUCUGGUGAAGAAUUCUGUAGACACAAGAUGGAAUUGUCCUAUCAUUACACAUUCAGCCAAAGAGGAUGGUUCCUGCUAGCCUGGGAUCCCCACAGCCCUCUGCAGGAGUUCCCCACAGCACAUUCAACUCCCUUCUCUUUUAUUGUGUCUACCUCCUUAUAUGGAAUCAGCUUCCAAGUGUCUGUCCUUGAGAUUGUGAGUACACGGAGAGUGAUAGCUAUACUGUCACAGAGCUUGUGCCCUUCAUGGCUCAGGCAGGCAGGAUAGGCUUUCCAUUGUGGAUCAACGUAAAGGUACCAUUCAAUGCUGAGUGUUAGGAUGAGGACAGGUGCCUUGUGCUGUGGUUCAGUGUAAGAAGGAGUCAAGACUGCUGUACCCACAGUCUCUCAUCUGCAUCUUGCCUCCCAGGGUCUCUUCUGACAAAGAAGUUGGGUGGACAUGCUGAGGCCCUUUCUGGCAGUUACGUACUGCAGGGGCCUGUAAUAUACAGGACUGUGAUAACAGUUUCCUACAUCCAUGCCCUGACCACUCAGUUAACUUACCCUAGGUGAUGUGCCAUGGUUUUUCCAAGGGAUGUUGGGGAUUUCAGUGCCUUCAGCAGAAACAGAGUCAGGGAGUCUUGGGAGUUUGUUUUGACGAUGUACUGACUGAAAGGAGCAGGGAAGUUAGAGAAUAGGUUAUAAUGAGUGUGAAUGUCUCUUGGAUGUUAAGGUUCAGUCCCUCUGGAUGCUGAACUGGGUCCCUAAGGCAUCCUCAGCAUGUGGACCAUACAGCCUGUCCUCACAGAGAAGGAAAGGUCAGGAUUUCUCCCAGACCACCUAGGAUGGGAUAUCCCAGCUUGGUUCUGUCUGUUUAAACCCAUCCUCCAAUAGGGUGGAUAUAAUAGUCCCCUGGGGCAGGUGUUCACGUCUA